AUGCUUCUUUGUCAAACGUACGAAAACGCUUUAGAAAGUUAUCAUUUCAUCAUCAUGGGAGUAGGUUGUUUGAAGACUAGAGCAAAGGAGAGGGAAGGAAUGACUAUUCCUGCUACGUGUUUACGGGCAAAGCUUCAAAACCAAAAUAGGCAUCGAAAAGACAAAGCGCUCGUGUACACAGCAAUAUGGAGCGAAGGCUUGUCGUUGAGUAAAAUGCCACAAAUUAGAGGGGUCGAUGAUCUUCGUCCAAACUGUCUGGAUCGUCAAAUAGUGACUGCUCUCGUCCACCACACUCCUAUAGUCUUCACUUCUGUGGACGGAAUCGUUCCAUUCCUAAAAGAGAUCCCAGAUGGGAGAGACACAUGGCUAGCCAGACUACCUACAUAUUCUGUGGAGUGGCACUGCAAGAAGAUUAUCGUGAUUGUCUCGAAACCGCCCCUUUGGGUUCUAUCAUUGUUGCGACGCUACGCUACCUUGAUAAGCCAUUUUAGCACACUCUCAGCUUUCAGGAACUACCUCGCAACUAUCACACUCCAAUCACGGAUCCGGAAACGAACCUACUUCGAAUUAUUGACCUGUCAGCUACGCCAGCUAUUUCCAAAAUUCGUUAGCAAUUUACAAGAUCAAGCGCCAUUGGAGUGUGAAAUGGGCAGGGCUGCGGUUUUCGAGUACAUAGAAGGAAAUAUCUGGAGGAGAUCAGCUUAUGCAUGCUGUAAAUUCAAGGCAAAGGCUAUUCUUAGUAGAAGACAUCUCGAGGAAUUACAUCGAAGUACGGCCCGCAUCCUCCUUCAAAAUGGUUUGGAUUGGGGCAAAGGUUGA